UUCUGAGCAGAAUAGAAAAAGACUUAGAGAACCAAUGUAUAAAGAGAUCGAUGAAGCAGUUAGCAUUUGGAUGUCUCAGUUUUUAUCUGUGAAUCAAACAUUGCGUGGAGAUAUAUUACAACAAAAGGCUAAACAAUUUGCAGAUAAAUUUG